GCUCCCAUCAUUCUCACUUUUCUCUCUUUUUUAAUCGUACUUCCCUCUUCUCUCUCUCUCUCUCUCGCGCUUUUCGUUCUCGAGCUCUUCUCUCUCUGCACACAUGGUCACCAAGAAGCCAUCGCGCGACAACGCGCCGCCCGCAGCAGCCAACUCAAGCUCAAGCUCAAGCGCAGGCAAGCCAGCACAUGCUGCUGCUGCCGCCCCGAGUGCGCCCGCCGCGCUGGACGACUCGGCCGCGGCUGCAGCGGCUGCAGUGGCCAACAAGAAGAAGAAGCCAUCACAAGCAGCCAAGCCAGCAGCAGCAGUCGCAGCCGCCAAGAUCGCACAGCCAGAUGAAGAAGACAGUGCUCCUCCCAAGCCAGCAGCAGGCAAGCAGACAUCGCGCAAGGCGGCUGCUGCUGCAGAGACCGCCACUCCCAUGGAGAUUGUCGAUCCAGACAACUUUCCGCGUGGUGGUGCUGCCGUUCUCACGCCGCGCGAGCUGAAGACUGCUCGCGAUGAAGCCAAGGACGAUGCGCUCUUCCAAGAAGCCAACGAGACAGAUGACGCCACUCCGAUGGACAUGGACUUGGACGAAGACACUCCCAAGCCAAAGACGCCCAAAAAGAAGGCAGCACCCACUCCCAAAAAGUCAGACGCCACAAAGACGAAGCCUGCCAAGGCUGCCGAUGCCUCUGAGGACGAAUCUGGUGCCAUCGAGGCCCUGUCCUUCAAGCGCCUUGUGCCCGGGUUGGUGUUGCUCGGUGCCAUCCGAGAGGUCGGUGAAAUUGAUCUUCUCGUGUCGCUCCCGAACGCGCUGACUGGCUCCGUCCGCAUUACGGACAUUACGGAAGAGCUCAAGACCACCGUCGCCCAGAUCACAGCCGCCGCCACCGACGACGAAGACUUUACAGACAAGCUCCCAAAGCUCGCGUCCAUGUUCUCCGUUGGCGACGUUGUGCAGUGCGCCGUCUCCAGCGUGGAAGGCAAGGUGGACGAAGACGCCGGCGAAUCCAAGCCCGCCUCUGACAAGCCCGUCAAACGCCGUGUGCAUUUGACGCUGCUCCCCUCAGCCAUCAACCGCCAGCUCACCUUUGAGACCAUUCUUCCCAACCAGAUCAUCCCGGCUUCGGUCAAGAGCGUGGAAGAUCACGGUUAUGUGCUGUCUAUCGGCUUGGAGGGAGUGCAUGCCUUCCUUCCCAAGGGAAACAGCACCGCAUAUCUUAAGGCUCGCGGUUCUGGAGCGCUGGCGCCGGGCUCGUAUGUUCGUUGUGCCGUCGUUUCUGCAUCCAAGAUGUCCAAAGUCGUUACUGUCACGGUCGAUCCUGCUGUUCUCACCUCCGCUGUGGUCACGGCUACCCCGUCAGCCUCGUCGCUGCUGCCUGACAUGCGCGUCAAGGCGCGCGUCACGUCAGUGUCCAACUCUGGUGUCCGCGUCUCGUACGCUGGAUUUGCCGGUACCAUCGACCUGUAUCAUUUGGGCGACACGCCUGCUAGCUUUGCUGAGGGAGGUGCCAAGACACUGGAAGCCAUCAAGGAGCUUUGCCCGGUCGGCAGCGAACUCGCGGCUCGUAUUCUUUUCGUCAACGCCUCGGCCAAGACCAUUGCGUUCACCAUUCGCCCCGGUCUUUUGACUCACCAUGUUAAGCCUGCCACCGACCUCCAUAUUGGCGAUAUCAUUGACAAGACGCGCGUGCUCACCGCCGACCCCCAGCUGGGCCUCGUUCUCCACCUGCCUGUCGGCAACCACAUUGGCUUUGCGCACAUUUCCAACCUGUCGGAUGAUCGCAUCGGUCUACUUGGCAAGAAGUUUGCCUCCAACUCACAACACCGCGCCCGCGUCAUUGGCUACAGUCUGAUUGACGGUCUGUUUUUGGUCUCGCUCCAGCCUUCGGUUUUGAAGCUGCCCUUCCUGCGCAUUGAGCACAUCAAGCCCGGCUCGCUUGUGACUGGAACGGUGCUGGAUGUUGUGCCUGCCGGUGUCACUGUGCAGCUCACAGACACCAUUCGCGGCUUCAUUCCCGGCUCCCACAUGUCGGACGUGCAGCUCACCAAGGCGCCCAAGCACAUGAGCGCCGGUGCUUCCGUCGAGUGCCGCGUCCUUGAGGUCGAUACUGAGCGCCGUCGCGUCUUCCUCACGCACAAAAAAUCGCUGGUCAAGACCUCGCUGCCCAUUGUCGCGGCCUACACUGAGGCGCAACCAGGCUUGGUGACACAAGGCUUCAUCACAAGCGUCAAGCCGAAUGGAUGUGUCGUCACCUUCUUUGGCAAGGUGCACGCCUUUGUGCCCAAGAGCGAGUUGAGCUUGGGCGCGGCAGACCCCGAAAAGUUUUUCAAGCGCAACCAGGUCAUGAAGGUGCGCAUUCUCGAGCUCGAUCUCACUGGAGAGCGUCGUCGAUUGAUUGCCUCCUUCAAGUGGAACGAAGAGAGUGCUUCCCAGCGCGUCUCCUCCGAGGCCUUUGGCAAGGACUUGCAAGUCGGCUCGAUUGUUUCUGGCACAGUCACCUCCUUUGACGAGACGUCUCUGACCGUCCUGGUCAAGGACUCGCAUGGCGAGACGGGCUCAAUCACCAUUCCGUCGUCCCAGCUCACAGAUCACGUCUGCCACGAGAAGCAGCUUUUGCGCGUGUACGCUGAAAAGGGCUUUGUCCUCGAUCGCUGCCUUGUUCUUGCAAAGCCGGCACCUGGCCGAAUUGAGCUCUCCCUCAAGCCCUCGUUGCUGGAAGCCGCAGCCAGCACCAAGGUGCUGCCGGCCGUUUCGACCCUGGCCACUGGCGCUGUGCUGCCCGGCUUUGUCAAGUCAAUCCAGCCCUACGGUGUGUUUGUCGGCUUCCUCAAUGGCCUGACCGGACUCACCCACCUGACGCGCCUUGCCGGCCAUUUUGUCACCGCCCCUGCCGAGGAGUUUGCCGUCGGUCAGUCUGUGAAGGCUGCCGUCGUCGAAGUGGACCGCGAAGACAGCAAGCUGACGCUUUCCCUCAACGACAGCGCCGUCACUUCCAGCUCCUCGUCUGCCUUUGUCUCGACCUUCUUUGCCGAGCAAGACACCAUUAUUCGCCGUCUUUGCGCCACCGCCAAGCCCCAUGAAAGCGCCCUCGCCAUUCCUGCGGCACGCAAGCGUCUGUCGGAAAUUGCCACUUCCAUUACUGUUGAGGGCACUGUGACCCAAGUGAAGGCCACUGGCGCCAUGCUCGACCUCGGUGAAGGUGUGAAUGGCUGGGUUUCCAAGGAGCACCUUGCUGGAAGCAAGCCUGCCGUCAAUGGCAAGCUGACCUGCGCCGUCCUCGACGUUGAUCCCAUCGCAAAUCUCGUCGAUCUGUCGCUCAAGCCUGAGUUUGUCUCGGCCAGCGCCAACCCGUUCGAGCCGCUCCAGGCGCACUUUGCCGCUCCGGCGCCGUCUGGCACUUCGACGCCAAAGUCCAAGAAAGGCGCUGCCUCCGCAGCCGCUGCAGCUACCCCUGCGUCCGGUGUCACCAUUGACGCGAUCGUCGAGCUGGUCAAGCCCGAGUACUUGAUUCUCUCAUCGGCAGCCGCUCCUGGCUCUCACUUUUUCGCCUCGUGCAAGGACUUUAACACUGCCGUUCGUGGCGCCCCGCACUACAACGUUGGCAACGCCGUCAAGGUCCUUCUCACGCGUUUGCCAGCGGCAGUUUCUGCCCCAGCAGCGACCAACAAGGGCAAGGGCAAGGCUGCCGCACCCGCCGCUUCAGACAGUGUUGACGUGCUUGCCAACCUGUCCUCGCGACGCGCUCUGGCUGUUGUGCAGGGUCGCAGUGCCGCCCCUGCCGCUGAAGCAACCAACGGCCAUGCCUCCGCCGCCGCCGCCGCCACAUCCAAGCGCGCUUCUCGUCCCACGAUGGACAACGGCUUCAAGUCUGUCGAUGACGUCAAGCUUGGCCAAAUGGUUCAAGGCGCUGUCAUCUCGACGUCGGCAAUGCACGUCAAUGUUGAUCUUGGCAACAAGGUCCAUGCUCGCCUCUUCAUCACGGAAAUUCUGGAUCACUCUCACGUUGAGCAACCUGCCAACAAGCGCUCUACUCCUUCUCACACGGCUGCUGCGGAUGAGGUGAAUGUUGCAACGAUCGACCGCAACAACCCUCUGGCGUCCUUCCAGCCCGGCAUGCGCUUUUCCGCCCGUGUUGUCGGUUUCCUCGACAAGCACUCGCACACCUACCUUCCCAUCUCGCACACUGUCGGUGGCACCCGCAAGCUGGUCGAGCUGUGCAUGCGACCUGCCCUGCUUGCUGCCCAGUCUGUCGAGUUGAUUACCAUCAAGUCCCUGACACAAGGCCAGCUUUUGGACGGUUAUGUUGACGAAGUCCGAUCUGACAAGGUGGAGGUCUCCGUGACCCCCUUCAUCAAAGUCCGCGUGGCGGACUGGGAGGCAACUUCCGACUUGAAGGUUUUGCAGACCAUUGUUUUCCCGCACGCCAAGCGCCCUCUUUCGUUCAUGGAGGAUGACAGCGACCUUGAGGAUGGCGCAGACGACGACGACGACGACGAUGAUGAAGACGAUGAAGACGCCAAGAGCGAUGCAGAAUCGGACGAGAACGACCAGCUCCAAACAACUGGGCUGGCUGCCAUCUACAAGCCACAGCAGCAUGUGCGUGUCCGCGUUCUGCGGGUCAACCGCCACAACAAGCGCGUUGAGGCCACCUUGCGUAUUUCAGAGGAGCGCUCCACUGGCGAGCACGCACUUGGAUCGAUCGUCACCGUCAAGCGCAUCCUGGCGAACGACCAAGAGCUGACUGUCAAACUGUCGGACAACACAAGAGGCUACAUUAACAUUACCAACUGGAGCGAUGAUUACGGCGACCAGAGCCAUCUCCGUCCCCCGUCUUCGACCUUCAUGCAGGCGAUUGUGGUCGGUCGCGUAGUGCGUGCAUCGGGCGAUGACCGCCUGGAGCUCAGUCUGCGCCCCAGUCACUUUGCAUCUGCUGCAACCCUCGCUGGGCCCCCCGCAGCCACGUCCACCAAGAAGGGCCGCAAGACUGCGGCUGCGCCUGCGGCCCCAGCGCCGACUGCUAACGUUCGCGACCCGGUCAUCCGCUCUGUUGAGGAUGUUCGUGUGGGCCAGAUUCUUCGCGGCUUUGUUCGUCACACGGACGAGAAGGGCUGCUUUGUCAAUCUUGGUGUCAACGUGGUUGGCCGAGUGCUGAUUUCCAAUCUGUCCGAUCGCUUCUUGCUCAAGUGGCGCACCGCCUACUCGACUGGUCAGCUGGUCACGGCCAAGGUUUUGGCCGUGGAUCUCGCCAAGAAGCAGAUUGAGCUUUCCUUCCGCAAGGAGCACAUUGAUCCCGAGCAUUUUGUUCGCGCAGUCAGCCUCAAGGAGAUUGAGGAAGGCCAAAAGUACAAUGCCAAGGUCACUGGUGUCGAGCGGUACGGUGUGUUUGUCAAGAUUGAGAACAGCGACAUUGCUGGUCUCGUGCACGCGUCCGAGAUUGCCGACCACCAGGCUCCCGAAAACUUUGGCUCGUUGUUCGAGGUUGGAGACAGUGUGCGCGUUCUGAUCAAGCAGAUUGUGCGCGAGAAGGGCAAGAAGGCCAAGAUCAACUUUAGCAUGAAGCCUUCCCAUUUUGCCGACGAGAUGGAAGCCGAGGCUGACGCAGACUCGCUUCAUGGCAAGCUCCUCGCGCUGCACGCCAACGAGCAGACGGCUGGUGAGGAACGACCAGGCAAGCGCCGCGCCGACGACGCCCCAGCAGCCGAUAAUGCGCCCGCUGCCCGCACGGGCAAGAAGGCGCGUGUCGAACCUGAGGCUGAGGCCAGCAGUGACAAGGUCACCAGCAAGCGCAAGGCCGAAUCCGAAGCUGACGCGGCUGACAGUGGCUUUAUCGGCUUGGACGACUCCUCCGUGGAGCAGCCCGUCAAGAAGUCCCGUGCCAGCAAGAAGGCUGCAACGGAAGAGCCUUUCGUGCUUCCCCAGGCUCCUGCCGGCGCUGCCGAUGUGCCAGUUCUGUCGGUUGCUGCUGGUUUUGGCUUUGACGCCAUGUAUGGCUUGACGACUCGCAAGUCCACCGACAGCGAUGACGAAGGCGAUGCAGUCGACGACGGCGAAGACGAUGAGAAUGGCGACAAUUCUGACGAUAGCGACGACGACGAAGAGGAUGGCACCUCUGCAUCCUCUGCCCGGCGUCAACGCAAGGCCGCCAAGAAGCGUGAAGAGGCCGAAAUUGCCCAGGCCGAGCAGGCGCUUCUCACUCGUGAUGGCGCUGCGCCCGAAACUGUUGAGGACUUUGAGCGUUUGGUGCUCGCCUCGCCCAACAGCUCGUACGCGUGGAUCAAGUUCAUGGCCUUCCAUCUUAGUCUGUCUGAGGUCGAUCGUGCCCGUCAAGUGGGUGACCAGGCGCUCAAGACGAUCUCGUACCGCGAGGAGCGCGAGCGUCUCAACGUGUGGGUUGCCUUGCUCAAUCUCGAAAACAAGUUUGGCGGCAAGGACGCCGUCCAGCAAACCUUUGAUCGCGCCGUCGCCAACUGCGACCCCAAGGCCGUUCACCUGCAGCUUGUUGGCAUUUAUGAGCAGACCCCUGGCAAGAAGGAGGCUGCCGAGCAACUCUACAAGACUACCUGCACCAAGUUCAAGGACAGUAAGAAGGUUUGGAUCCAGUACGGUCUCUUUAAGCUGCGCAACGGCGAUGUUGAAGGCGCACGUGCCAUUCUCCAGCGCUCCCUCAAGAGCCUGCCCAAGCGCAAACAUAUUGCCACCAUUUCCAAGUUUGCUCAAAUGGAGUUCAAGCACGGCGAGCCCGAACGUGGUCGCACCAUCUUUGAAAACAUUCUCGCCACCUACCCGAAGCGCCUCGACUUGUGGUCUGUGUAUCUUGACAUGGAAAUCCGUAACGGCGACGUGUCGGCGACCAGGAACGUGUUUGAAAAGGUCACCAACAUGAACAUGUCCUCCAAGAAGAUGAAGUACUUCCUCAAGCGCUGGCUUGAUUUCGAGAAGAUUCACGGCAACAAGCAGUCGGCUGACCACGUCAAGCUGAAGGCCAAGUCUUACUUGCAGUCCAAGAUGGCCUAAGCGCUGAAAACUCUGUCAUCUUAACAUUGGUUGAAAAUAUCUUGUUAGAAGCAUCACUACUUUUUCAAAAAUUUAUUGAACGACCAUGUUUUUUUUUUUGUUCAACAACUGCAAACAGAAUGUAGCCAUACCAUCAGUCCAAAUCCCAGCAGAAGAG